AGUCUUCUCCCUCAUGAGACAUUUGUGAUGAAGAGCUUCAGAAAUGAAUAGUUUGAACAUAUGAGUCUCCUCCUCCUGACUGCAGAGGAGCUUCAUGACAGAGACCUGUGUGAUUGAAGCUGUGAUCAUCAGACCAAACACAGCUCACCAAAGUGACUCCUACUGAUCCUUCAGUUCCAGCAUUUCUCUCUGCUAACAUGGACAAACUUGCUGCUGCUGCUGUGUUCAUGGUGUUAACUCUCCUUGGUAACACCUUGGAGGAUGAUAUUACUGCCAGCAGUGCUGAAGUGUUGUCAUCAGAGGGUGAUGAUGUUACUCUGUCCUGUAACUACUCAGUUAAAGCUAAUGAUCUCCAGUGGUAUCAACAGGAUCCUGGAUCACCUCCUAAGUUCCUUCUCCUGAUCACAAACACUCCAGACCCUUCUGUGGUGACAGCUAAACCUCCACACCCUGGACUGACUGUGAACCUGAAUGAGGAGAGAAAUAGAGUCAACCUCCAGAUCUCCUCUGCUGCACUGAGUGACUCUGCUGUGUACUACUGUGCUCUGAGGCCCACAGUGACAGGAAACACCAACACUCUGUACAAAAACACAACGUGUGUGAGCUGUGAAGAUCUCACUGCAGAGAGGAAAGAAGAGUCCGCUUUAGAGAACAGCUCUGUUACUCUGUCCUUCAGAUACUCCAGACAAGCAACUGCUGCAGAUGAACUUUACUGGUAUCAUCAAGAUCCAGGAGAACCACCACAGUUCCUCAUCUCUCACUUAGGGACAGGAACACCAUUAUCAGAGUGUAAAGGAGAAGACAGAGUCAUUCAGACAGCAGGAGAUGUCACUGCUUUGGAAGGAGAUCCAGUCACACUUGAAUGUUCAUUUGAGACCUCUAGUGGGAGUCCAACUUUGUUCUGGUACAAACAAGGAGUUGGUGAUUUCCCAAAGUACAUGCUGAAACUUUACGCAGAGUGUAAAGGAGAAGAGAGAGCGACCCAGCCAUCAGGAGAGGUCGUUGCUACUGAAGGAGACAACGUCACACUUGAAUCAAGGAGGCGUCUUGGCUUUAACAUCCUGGAGCAGUGGAAGAACAUCAUCAUCAUCAUCUGUUGGAACUCUGAAGACAUGUUCCUUUACUCCUUUCUACUUUUCUAUCACUUUAUAGCCCUGGCCUCCAUGGUCACUAUAAAACCAGAAUCAACUGAAGAACAUGUUGAAGAGGGGAGAAACAUCAACCUGACCUGUUCAUAUGAAGGUCUUAUCAACAACAUCCAGUGGUACAGACAAAACCAGGGAACCAGACCAGAGUUCCUGCUCUACAUCACAGAGGACAGAUCCAUUCAUCCACCUGACUCUGGUUUCUUAGCUGACAUUAACAAAGAGGAGAAACGUGUAGAUCUGGAGAUCUCCUCUGCUGCACUGACUGACUCUGCUGUGUACUACUGUGCUCUGAGGCCCACAGUGACAGGAAACACCAACACUCUGUACAAAAACCUUUGGAGCAAACACAACACAAUACUCCACAACAUCCACUAGAGGGAGACAUCAUCAAGCAGGUGUUGCUCUUCCUCUGUGUUCAACCAUCCUGACAAUAAAAAGGCUGCUGUGAAGAGAACAGUUGUCACUCUGAAUGAUGAACAUCAGCCUGUUCCUCCUGUAGAUUCAA